CCAUCCCCUCUUCGCCGCGCUUAGCGGCACUGCCUCCCGGUUUGGGUGCACGGCGGGAAGCGGGCGGCGGCGACAGAAUGUUCGGGGGCGUCGAGGAGGAUGACGUGGACUUUCUGUCCCCGACCGGAGGGGCCAGGCUGGCUUCUCUCUUUGGACUGGAUCAGACGGUUACGGGGAGCAGCAAUGAAUUCUUCCAAUAUACGGCACCGAAACAGCCCAAAAAAGGCCAACCUGCUACUGCUGCAGGUCCGCCGACCCAGAAGCCGCCGCCUCCUCCCACGGCCGCUCCGUCGGUGCCAUCUGUCCUCAUAGCUACAGCUGUCCAGGCGUAUCGAUUUACGAAUGGGCAGUACGUGAAGCAAGGCAAAUACGGAGCUGCCGUGGUGGGGAGCCACGCAACCAAAGAGUACAGAAUCCUCCUCUAUAUCAACCAGCAGCAGCAGAUUACAGCCGCCAGGAUCCAUCCAGGCUUUGUGCUCACGGUCCAGCCCAACAAUUUCAGCACCUUCUACGAUGACCAGAGGCAAAACUGGUCUCUCCUCUUUGAGUCGGAAAAGGCAGCCGUGGACUUCAGCAAGCAGCUCUGCAUCGCCAAGUACAACAGCUGCAGCAGCCCUUCCCCGGACUCGGUGCUGUGCCAGGACCUGAUCCUCGGAGAGGGCCCAAGUGUGGAAGUGGGCGAUGCGCUGGAGGUGGCCUUCACCGGUUGGCUGUUCCAGAACGGCGGCCUCGGACAGGUGUUCGACUCCAAUGCUAGCAAGGACAAGUUCCUGCGUCUGAAGCUGGGCUCGGGCAAGGUGGUCAAGGGAUGGGAAGACGGGAUGGUCGGCCUGAGAAAAGGAGGGAAACGCUUCCUCCUCAUCCCUCCGGCGUUGGCGUACGGCUCUCAGGGAGUGGCGAAUCGCAUCCCCCCAGACUCCGCGCUGGCCUUCGAGGUGGAUGUCAAGCGGGUGAGGCUGGCGAAGGAUGUGGGCUCCAACGGACAGAGCCUGGGCCCCCGGGACGCCCUCGUACCUUCCCCGGGACCGAGCCCUGAAAACCUCGCUACGGACCCUGCAGGGUUGCCGCCUUUUGCCAUCCCACCUUCCACGUUGCCUCCAAAGCCGGGGGAGCCGGUUCUGCGAUCCAAGUCCAACUCGAUCAGCGAGCAACUGGCGAAUCCUGACAUUGCCAAAGCGAAGCUGAUUUCCCGCAUGGCGAAGAUGGGACAACCGCUGUUGCCGUUUCUCCCGGGUUCAGCUCCAGCUCAGCUGGACUCGAGCGAUUCGGAGAUAGAGGACCCAAACACCUUGCGAGGGGCAGUGCAGCCCAUGGCCUCCUCGCCCCCGAAGCCAGCCCUGCAAACGACCCACCCUCAGAUGGCGGCGCAAGCACCUCAGGCAGCUGUCUCCGGGAUCCACGUGCCCUCAGCUGCCAUCAUGCCUACAGCCCUGCAGACGCAUUCAGCUCUACCUGGAACUGCUCAGGGCUUUCAGCCAUAUACAGGGAUGACAUAUGCCUACCCACAAGCCACCGCUGCAGCUUCCCAGCUCCAACCGGUUGGGGCGAUGUACCCGUCUCCCUUCCAAGCCGGAGACAUCGGUUCCUUCCUGAUGACGGAGGCGCGGCAGCAGAACACAGAAAUCCGCCUGGCCGUCGGCAAAGUGGCCGACAAGAUGGACCAGCUGGCAGCCAAGGUGGAAGAGUUCCAGAAGCACAAUUCUGGCACUACUUUACUGCCGGGCAUCUCCUCUGUGACCAUGGAAGCAGCCAUGAUCAUGAGCAACAUUCAACGUAUCAUCCAGGAGAACGAGAGGCUAAAAGAAGAGGUGUUUGAGAAGAGCGGCCGCAUCAAGGAGCAGAACGAGAAGAUCAGCGAAUUGAUCGACCGCAACCAGAGGUACGUGGAGCAGAGCAACCAGCUGAUGGAGCAGAGGAACAACUCGCUCCAGAUGAACACGGAGCACACGCAGGCCCGGGUCUUGCACGCCGAGCAGGAGAAGGUCAAGGUGGCUGAGGAGCUGUCGGCCGCCACGGCGCAACUCUCCCGGCUGCAGCUGGAGCUGACCGCUCACCAGAAGAAAGAGAUGGAGCUGCACGCUCAGCUGAACGCGGCCCUGAAGGAGGCGGGGAGGCACGGGGUGCAGCUCAGCCAGCUGCAGGCCCAGCUGGCAGAGCUUCAGGAGUCGUCCGAGGACACCAGGAGUAAGUUCCAAGUGGAGAAGCAGGGCCGCAAGCAGCUGGAGGGCAAGGUGGCUGUGCUGGAGGAGGAGCUGGCUGACCUCCGGGUGGAGAAGGAGAAUCUGGAGAAGAACCUCUCUGAACGGAAGAAGAAAUCCCUCGUGGAGCGAGAGCAGGCCGAAGAGGAGAUGGACGAGAUCCGCAAAUCAUACCAAGACGAGUUGGACAAGCUACGGCAGCUUCUCAAAAAGGCCCGGACCUCCACCGACCAGGCGGCUUCAGAGCAGCUGUCCCUGAUGCAGGCGGAACUGGAGUCCCAGUGGGAGGCCAAGUGCCAGAGGAUGCUGAGCUCCACCAAGGAGCAACACGCGCGUCAAUAUCGGGAAGCCUGUGAGCAGAGGGACGCCCAUCAGCGGACGAUAGCCCAGCUGGAAGAAAAGAUUUCCCUACUCAAAUCCACGAGGAGCUCGGAGGACAAUAAACUCUCAGAGUUGCAGGAGCAAUUGGAACAGCUCGAGCCUGUAAAAGACAAAUACGUGGCUCUCCAGUCCCAGCUGGCUGAUCUCAAGGCACACUAUGAAGGCCGGAUCCAGGAUCUCGAGAAAGGCGCUGACCGGACGUCGCCUGCAAGUUCGACCGAAGAGGUGAAGAAGAUCAUGAACGGAGUCUUCCAUUCUCUACGGCGCCAGUUUGAGCUGGGGGAGACGUACACCGGCCAGGUGGUCCUUGGCGUGGUCAUGAGCACCAUCAAGACGAUAACCCUGCAGUUGCUCGAGAGUCACAAGCAGAGGACAGAGAGCAGCAGCGAGGAGGAAGGCCCGAAUCCUGUGCAGAGGCAACGAGCAAGCCCAGGGAUCUCUGACCAGGAGCACCGCAGCGAUUCUCCCCACGAAACCCUGGAGGUGGCGGUGGCGGUGGCGGCAUCCUUCGUCCCUUCCGAUCGCCCGGAGGGGGAGUCGGAUGUCCCUCCGUCGUCUCUCUCCCCAGAAGCAGGCCAGGCUGGGCCAGCCCCUGAAGCGCUGGAAUCGGAAGUGGACCCUGAACAACCCCUUGUGGGCCAAACGGCCAAGCCUCUCCCACGGCUGGAGAUCCCCGCCAGUGAGGAGGAGGCCGAUGAAGAGGCAGCUGACUCUGAACAGGUGGGGACAAACGCUCUGGGUGAAACCCGCGCUACGGACGCUGCCUCCGGCACUGUUCCAGAGCCUGCGAAGCCGCCGGCAGACGGGACGGCGCCGGCAGUCAGCCCAGACAGAGGAGAGAACAGCAGCCCAGAUGUUCCAAGCCAGGAUCUCCCCGUUCCUCCGUCCAGUACAGCUGGCCAGCAAGACGUCAUUGGAGCACAGCCAGGAUCGGGGCUCAGUCCUACCCGAGGGGAUUCCAGCCUCCCGGAAGACAAAAGCAGCUUCUUCAAGCCUGCCCCUCGUAAGCCUUCGGCAUCGGGACGCGCGCCGGAAGAGGAGGAGGAGGAGGAAUUGAGCCUGAAGGGCCAGCCUCCCCCAACCCCGCUCUUUGGGGACGACGAAGAUGACGACGACCUGGACUGGCUGGGCUGAAGAUGCAGCCAGAACUCUGAUCUGGGCAGGAAUCGGUGGGAAGGGUGUGUGUGUUUUUGUUUGUGGCUUCCUGAACAGCUCGUUCGGGACAGGAGCGGCCGCUGCACAAUGCUCUGACUGUUACUUGCACUCUUUUAGGGGGCUGUGGGGCCCCAUCUCUCCCCUCUCUCUGCCUGGACUGACUCGGAAAGAGCUGGCCUGCUGCUCCCUCCCCCACAUCUGUCCGAACGGUAACUUCAGCCUACUACUUAACCCUAAACUACUUAUGCAAGCGAGGACAGAUUGUUUUUUCUCCCCCAUGAAGAGGCUGGGACUGGGAUUUUUGCCCCCCUGCGGGGUUCCCUCUCGGUGCGAUGCCGAUAUGAAAUCCCUACGGUGCUCGGUUCUCACCCUACUGGUCCAUCCCGCCCCCACUCUUCCCACUGGACUGUUGACUUUUGUGUUUUGCAAUAAGAAACUCUCUUGACCCUGAAGGUGUUAAGUGGGUGGAAGGACAGGGGCCGUUCUUGCCCAGUCCGGACUCCUUUCGGGGAGCAGGAGGUCAAGUUUCGUCGGCGUUUCGGCCUGCCCAGGCAGCCCUUCCUGGGAAGGUUCUGUUAUCUGCCCAGCGCUGUGGGAGGAACGGGAUGGGUUUAAAAAGCCCGGCCGCCCACCCGCUCGCUGUUGGGGAACGAAAUUGCUGGAAGCACCUGGUGACCGACUUCUGAUUUUCCCCCAGUCAAGAGGACAUGGCGGUUUUGAUUUUGCCCUCUCAUCCUUUAAUCCCGUCCAGCUGGGAUUACCAGGAAAUCCGAUUAGCCUGGGUUUUUUCCCCCUGGUGCAACUUUCUGACUUCCUUGGGGCAAAACGGGAGCGCCUGCUUGAAUCCCCCCGAAGCCACGUGGUCCAUCUGUGGGGCGGAGUUGCUCCACGGUACCUUGGCUUCGGGCGGGUCUGUUGUUUUGUCUCCGGAUAGAAGGGCGCGUGGGAUUUUGUUUAAAAAUCCGGGUGGGUCAUCGUCUUUGGAUUUGCCCUUCUGUUUGUGGGGAUGCUGCCGUCUUUCAGAUGGACUAGGACCUCGCAGGCGUGCUCUGGACACAACCCUUUCCUGUCCCCUGUGGGUCACCCCGAUCUCCAAGAGCGAGCUUACACAAUCACGGUGAAGCGGCUCUGAUCCGUCUCGGGCGACGGAACGUCCCGCCGUAAUCUUCAGGACGACAGUCUCUGCGGGGGCAUUUGGUUUUUUUUACUUCGGCGGCUCACCUGUGGCCACAAACAGUUAAAAGUGGCCGUGAUGCACACGGGCUUGUCCCCAACCGACUGCCUUACAGAAGUUGAGGAAGUUUGAUAGAGAUACUUCUCCCUUUAGUGGUGAGAGGCGUGUGUUUGUAUAGGGCUGGGGGUGGUUAUAAAUGGAUUUAAUUCACUUCUCACCUGAGCAGUACCUGCUUCUGAGGUCGAUCUAGCUUCCAAUUCACCCACCUCCCUCCCUCCACUCAAAUAAAACGUUCCCUAGCUUUGGAAAGGCUGAGGGCGAAGGAAGCGGCAUGAGCACAAACAUCUCUUGAAAGGGGCUGACCUGCGCUGGGAAGUGGAGCACAAGGAAGGCAGUAGCAGAGCCGGGAUUUCUCAGGCGGCUUUGAACGCCCGUCAGUUUCAUCCCGUUCCUUCUCCAACACACACACACACACACACAUCUCAGUCGCUGUGCGUUGCCCCGUUAGGGCGGGAGGGGGCUUGAAUAUCAUGGAAGGCCUCCUUCUCUCCGGCAGCGGGACGGACUAAUGCUGAGGCUCGUCUCUUUGAACCUGGAGCCUAUUUGAAACCUAAUUUCAUGUCUUGAAAAAAUGAAAGUGCAAUUAAAGUAAAUUAAACCUG